AUGAAUGAAAUAAAAUCUAAAGCUGUGGACAGCGAUGAAAAUUUCGAUUGGCAUGAUCAAGUCAGUGAGCCCCUACGCAGUCAAAGCCAUUACACACCUGCCUCAAAAUAUUGGCGCGAAUUGAGCGUGGAUGUGUUACGAGAAAAGUUGCAUACAACCCAAAAGAAAGGAGUAGCCAGAAACCUUAUACUGUUCUUGGGAGACGGAAUGUCUAUUGCUACCCUCACAGCGGCAAGGAUAUAUCUUGGGCAGCUCAAGAAAGAAGCGGGAGAAAACACGUUCUUAAGUUUCGAGAAGUUUCCUUACACUGGACUGGCCAAGACGUACUGCGCAGACUCACAAGUUGCGGACUCUGCUUGCUCAGCGACCGCUUAUCUGACGGGCGUGAAAGGCAAUAUCUACACGGUAGGAGUUACGUCGUCUGUUGGCCUCAGGGACUGGCGAAACAUGAAGAAUGAAUCGUACCACACCACUUCCAUCUUAAAGUGGGCUCAAGACGCGGGCAAGGGCACUGGAAUAAUAUCCACCUCCAGGAUUACAGACGCCUCUCCCGCUGCCACGUACGCCCAUUCCGCUUACAGGUUAUGGCAGACAGACUUGGAUAUUAAAAAUGACCCAGAUUAUAGGGCAACCAAUGCUACAGGAGUGAAGGAUAUAGCUUCGCAGUUGAUGGAAAAUAGUCCUGGCACAGGAUUUAAGGUGAUUUUGGGAGGUGGUCGGGAUGCGUUUCUGCCCAAUACAGAAAAACAUGACCCCAGUAUGACAGGUUCCAGAGGUGAUGGCAAAAACUUGAUCCAGACGUGGAAAAAAUCUAAGGAAAAUAUGAAAAAGUCUGCGUCUUACAUAAGCAACAGAGAUCAACUGCUAGGGCUGGAUGUAAAUAAAACCGACUAUGUUCUUGGAUUGUUCCAACCGGGUAACAUGGAUUACCAUAAGCUUUCAAAUAAAGCGCAGCAACCGACACUUGCUGAAAUGACGGAGUUGGCAAUUAAGAUGUUGCAAAAAGAAGCCAAAGGCUUUGUGCUGUUUGUAGAGGGCGGUAGGAUAGACGUUGCUCACCACGAGAACAAGGCUCACUUAGCACUAGAUGAGACUGUGGAGCUGCAUAAAGCUGUCGAGAGAGCUGUCAGUAUGACAGAUGAAGAAGAAACGCUCAUUGUGGUGACCGCAGACCACGCACAUACAAUGAACAUUAACGGUUACCCCCAAAGAGGUGGUGAUAUCCUUACCUAUAUUCAAGGCACCGAAGACCAAUUGUCGUACUCUACUUUGUCGUAUGCCAACGGACCUAAUACCCCACGCUUCAACGAAGAGGGGAACGGGCAGCACGAUAUUUUCACUGAUAAAAGAGACGAUCCGCACUACACCUUCCAGACAAUCAAUCUCCUAAAGGCUGAGACCCAUGAUGGACAGGACGUCACUGUGUUCGCUAGAGGUCCUUGGGCCCAUCUCCUGGUCGGCAACUAUGAGCAAACAGUCAUUCCCUACGCAAUGAGCUAUGCGGCUGGAUUCGGACCAGCAGUAGAUGUACUUGACCAAGAAUGAUAGUAAGGAAGAGCUUGUUAAUAGCUGCUAGAGUAUAUAGAUGUCUUCACUCACUAUUUCGUCUAAGGAUGUGAAGCUUUCCUUCUUUUUUUGAGAUUCUCCAUCAUUAAUUUUCUUCAAUAUCCUAAUACUUCGUAAAUACUUAAUUACUAUCACUUUAUUCAUCAAAGUUAUGUUUGAACGGCCCCGUAUACAUUGUACUACCUUAUGCAUUUUAACCAAUUUGUAAUUAAAAGCCAAUUUUAAUAACUACCAUCUUUGUUUUAGCUAUAUGAGAACAUAUUUGGACCUUACAUUACUGUACUCAAACAUGGUUUAAUAGAUUUUCGAGUAAUUUAAGUUUUACGUAAAUAUUUUUUGCUUUUUAGAUCCAAAUUUUUCUUAUGUUUUAAAACUCCAACUUUUUUAUUAAAGAAUGCUCUUAAGCACAUACAUCCGAGUGAUAUAGUAUAGUACAUAAACUAUAUUAUUUGCAAUAUAUUUUUUUCAAUUUAUAUCAGUAUACUGCGAUAUACCUUAAUAAUGAUCCAGACUAAAUUCUAACUGCUUAAGCUCUAAGUGUUCUUACUGUCAUAUUAUCAACACCAAUAUAUAAACAAUCCCUUUAGUUAUCUUGUAAUCAGAUGAAUGUUAAUAAAAAUGUCUGAACUGAAAAACAAUUUU